CUCCAUUUCACACACACAGAGAGAGAGAGAGAGAGAGAGUAAUGGAGUCUGCAGUUCUAUCUAUUCCCAUCAUCUCCUCCAAAACCCUAAAGUACAAUCCGAACUCUCUCCAUCGCAAUCACUUCAAACCUUCUCCCAAUCAAACCCUCACCAAAUCCAGCAUCAGAAGCAUCGUGUCCAGCAAUUCUCAUCGCUCAAGGGAAUUCUUCUCGAUGUCAUUCGCUGCAAUUCUACCCGAAAACCCGUCCGCCACGGCCCUGAUUUCACGCCAAUUAGCAUCCGCCUCAAGCUCUGCCAGAGCAUCUGCUUCUGGCGGAAGUGGGGAGUCGAAACCCGUUUCAGAUUCUUCUGCCAACGAGAUAAUCCUCGAUGUUGCUGGAAUGAUGUGUGAUGGAUGUGUAAAAAGUGUUACCCGAAUACUGGAAAGUCAACCUCAGGUAUCCUCUGCCAGAGUCAAUCUUGCAACAGAAACAGCAGUUGUAUGUGCCACACCUGAAGCCCAGGUUACACAGAACUGGCAACAACAGGUAGGAGAGACACUUGCAAACCACUUGACCAAUUGUGGAUUUAAGUCCAACCUUCGAGCUCGGUAAUUGGCAGGUUGAAGAUGAUACAAACUGAAGGAGACAAUCAUUUGUACGAAUUCCUGUGUUGGACAUCGGAACUUCAUUAAUAAAUGGAUUGUAUAUUGAAUGUCCCAUAUUCAUUGGGAUCUGUAUUCAACAUCAAGUUAUAAAGUUCUUUUUUCUUUGGAUCAA